AUGCGGCCACCUUCCAUCAGUUCUCGCGAGGUUUCGUCUUUCCGGAAACGGUGGAGGACGUUCCCUGUUAACGUCGUCGCGAUGUGUGGGGACUGUGUGGAGAAGGAAUACCCCAACCGGGGUACCACCUGCUUGGAGAAUGGAUCUUUCUUACUGAACUUCACAGGGUGUGCAGUGUGCAGUAAGAGGGAUUUUAUGAUGAUCACAAACAAGUCUUUCAAAGAGGAAGAUGGAGAAGAAAUUGUCACUUAUGAUCAUCUGUGUAAGAACUGUCAUCACGUUAUUGCCAGGCAUGAGUAUACAUUCAGUAUCAUGGAUGAAUUUCAGGAGUAUACCAUGCUGUGUCUGUUAUGUGGUAAAGCCGAGGAUACUAUCAGUAUUCUCCCUGAUGACCCCCGACAGAUGACGCUGCUGUUCUGA